CUCUCUCUCUUUUCCAAAACAGGGCAACUUUUUACAUCCAUUUAUUAUUUUUAACUCGUUUGCUUUCUAACCACUAAACCGAAAUAUGGAUCACACUUUCUCUGAGGAUACCUCAGCCUAUGAGAACUUCACAGAUGACUGGACAUCCGAUGGAGGGGAAACGGUGCAUUUCAUCAUUCGCUGCGUUAUCCCAUCGGUCUAUAUACUUAUCAUAACAGUUGGUUUACUGGGCAACAUCACUCUUGUGAAAAUAUUCAUCACUACCAGCGCGAUGCGAAGUGUACCAAACAUUUUCAUCUCCAGCUUGGCUGUGGGAGAUCUUUUGCUUUUGGUCACUUGUGUACCAGUGGACGCGUUUAGGUAUUUCUAUGAAGAGUGGAUUUUUGGAAUUGUGGCUUGUAAGAUGAUCCCGGUGAUCCAGCUCACCUCGGUCGGAGUCUCCGUGUUCACUCUCACGGCACUGAGCGCAGACAGACACAAAGCUAUUGUGAAUCCCAUGGAUAUCCAGACCUCCAGCGCAGUGUUCUGGACCUGCUUGAAGGCCAUCACUAUAUGGGUUGUCUCAGUGCUGCUGGCUAUCCCCGAGGCAGUCUUUUCACAGGUGGUUCACAUGCCUGACAAGAACAUGACGUUCACCGCUUGUGUGCCGUAUCCACUCUCCAACGAGAUGCAUCCCAAGAUUCAUUCGAUUAUGAUAUUCCUCGUCUACUUCCUCAUCCCUCUGAGCAUUAUCUCUGUUUACUACUACCACAUCGCGAAGACACUUGUCAAGAGUGCUCACGAUAUGCCAGGUGAGAUUAGUGAGCACUCCAAAAGACAGACGGAAACAAGGAAGCGUCUAGCCAAGAUCGUUCUGGUGUUUGUGGGCCUCUUCGCACUGUGCUGGUUCCCCAACCACGUUCUCUACAUGUACCGCUCCUUCAACUAUCGGCAGAUCGACUCCUCGCUGUCACACCUCAUCAUCACGCUUGUGGCGCGAGUGUUGAGCUUCUCCAGCUCCUGCAUGAACCCAUUUGCCCUGUACCUGCUGAGCGAGAGCUUCAGAAGGCAUUUCAACAACCAGCUGCUGUGCAGACAGCGCAAAUACCAAGAGCGCAACACCAGCUACCUUCAGAGCACUUCUGCUAUCCGCAUGACCUCCAUCAGGAAGAACGCAAGUGCCGUGGCCAACGGGCAUGGCCAAAAACCAGGAGUCUGCAUUUAGCAGCUGUUCUCUUAAGGCUUGGGGACUCACAUAUAGGUUCAACUGAAGAGUUUGGUGACCCAGCUGGGUAAAUGGGCGUUUGUUGAAGCAGGAAAUACAGAAGGAUUACUGUUGUAAAUAUUGCAUGUAUGUUUUUCCCAAAGGUUGCAACGUCGCUUGAGGCCCAGAAUGAAAUUUGCUUUAUUUUUUGAAACAUUAUUCUUAUUGCAAACAGAAAGGAAUGGAUAUCCCGCUGAUAACUGAAGGCUAAUUCUAUUUCUCCUCAAGCUAAACACAAUUUCUGCCUGUAUAAAAUAUCAGCUCUGUACAAAAGAUUGGACUAGAAUUUCCAUUAUUGUAUAAUGCUUUUCAGCUCAAUCAUUUUUCCUUUUUCAUCCAGUCAAAUGAUGAAAAUUCAACUUUCAUCGAUGGAAAGUGCACUUAAUACAGUAAAUGAAUGUUUGGAAAAGCAGUUUUGAUUUCACCAGGCGGAAAAGCGUAUUACAGAGAUAUCACUUAAAUCAUUUACAUUGCCUACGGUCGCAUUCUAUUUCUCAGUAAUUCACAAUAACAAUAAUAAUCAACAAUAUCCACAAUAUAUUCAAUUUAGGAGCAAUGACAUGGCUCUUUCCAGUGAAUGUUAAUGUCUAUGAUAGAUCAGACAGGUCACACGCUCAAGGGUAAACUGUGGUGAUUAGAUUAAUAUAUGCAUAAACAGAUUAGGAUUCAACAUGAAUAUAAAUUUCUGAGACACGUUCCCUAUAGCUUCCGAUAUAUGAGUCAAAGGAAAGGAACGCCAAGAUCAUCAUGGCAGACUAAUAUGAAUAACGCAUGCAGUGUAUCAUUCUUAUAUUCAUCAGCAAAUGUUAUCCUCUAAAUCACUGCAUUGCAAUAUAUUAUCUUUAAAUCAUUU